GGGGGCGCCGGCCAUGGCGUCCUUGAGGUCCGGCAGGCGGACGGUGGUCUCUCAUCUCUGCCGCGCCUUUACUGGUACCGGCUCUCACCUCGCCCCCGAGCGCGGCGCUCCGCGCAGGGAUGCGGCACCGAGCCGGAACAUAGAAAUCCACUCAGCAUCUUAGUCUUUGGGCAGAAAGAUACUCAACAAGUACCCGAAGAUGCUCUGGGAGGGCAUGCUGAACGUCAGCCAACAACAAUCGUCUCCAGGCCUUUUGUUGAAAUAAGUCUUACCGUGGGUCUGAUCCUCAAGAUGAGAUCUCUCUGCCUUUUGUGGCCCAAGUGACAAGGAAGCUGGUGCUGUGCAUCUGUUGAGCUGCCUAAACCUGUGAAGGUGAUAAGAGUGAUGAGGCUGAAAAGAAGAGCAGCUGGUCCAUGAGUCAGGCCUUGCCCGAUUCUAGCGUCACAACCCGUGUUGUUUUUAGCAUGUGUGCCCCGUGAUGCAAGCUUCGUUGUCAAGGCUUGAGUCCAGGGACCUAAAUGACCGCCAGACCUGCACUGGGGACAGGAAGGCUGAGGAUUAUAUGUGGAGCCGAGCAAAUCAACUCUUCUGCUGGGCCUCUCCUCUCUUGCCAUGCUGCUGGUGCCAGGUCUCAAGAUUCUGUCCUCCAAGAAAAUCUUGCUAUGAUUGGAUAGGACCCCCAGAUAAAUGUUCAAACCUUCGACCUGUUCACUUUUACAUCCCCGAAAAUGAGUCACCACUGGAACAAAAGCUCAGAGAAUUAAGACAAGAAACACAAGAAUGGAACCAACAGUUCUGGGCAAACCAGAAUUUGACUUUUCGUAAGGAAAAAGAAGAAUUUAUUCACUCAAGACUAAAAGCUAAAGGCCUGGGACUGAGAGCUGAAUCAGGUCAAAAAGCAACAUUGAAUGCAGAAGAAAUGGCUGACUUUUAUAAGGAAUUUUUAAGUAAAAAUUUUCAGAAGCAUAUGUAUUAUAACAGGCCCUGUAAUGGAUCCACACUGAGAACAGAACAGCAGUUUAUCCUUCAGCACCUCAUUGGCCUCGUCUGUAAAAUGGGCAGCAGCAGUUUGCGUCCUGAAGACGGGUGGACCAGCUGGGUCUGCGAAGAGACUGACUGUAGUGAGGGCCCCUGAAAGAGGCAUCCACAUCCGAACCCCUUGUACCUGGGAUUGUGACCUUAUUUGGAAACAGGGACUCUGCAGAUGUGAUUAAGUUAAGGAUAUCAGGAGGAGCUCAUCCUGGAUUUAAGGUGGGCCCUAAGUCCAAUGACAAGUGUCCUUAGAAAGGAGAGGGCUAUCUGAAGCACAGAGAUGCAAAAGAGAAGGCCCCGUGAAGAUGAAAAGAGAGAUCAGAGGGAUGUGUCUUCAAGCCCCAGGGACUCAUGGAGCCACCAGAAGCUGGAGAGAGGCCUGGAACGCGUUCUCCCUCCCAGGCUCCAGAGGGAACCAAGCUACCUGCACCUUGGUUUCCGACUUCUGGUCUUGAGAACUGUAAGAGAAUAAACUUCUGUUGCUUGAA